AUGGCUAUGGAGGUCACCAAAUCCAAGCUGGACGCCCCAAGGCGGUCAAAGGAAGAAGUCGCAGCAGCGCACGAAGCCAGCAAGCAAUUCGCCGAAGCGCAAAAGACAUAUGGACGAGGCAAACAGGUUGCAGUGAAGUCCGUAAGGGACAAGAAACUGCGGAGUAACCUGAGGAAUCUUGAAGCAAAAUACAAGAAUGCGAUUCUCCAAGCGAAAGAUUCCGAGCUGUUGCUUGAGAACGAGGGCGGAUACAUUGAAGCUGAAGGGGAGCUUGAGAGAACAUAUAAAGUCCGUCAGGACGAGAUAAAAGCGAAUGUCGGUAUUGAAGUUGCGAAGAACAGCUUUGACUUGAAACUAGAAGAGCUGGGACCGUACAGGGCGGAUUACACGCGCAAUGGGAGAAAGCUUCUGCUGGCCGGGAGAAAAGGUCAUGUUGCUACGAUGGACUGGAGAGAAGGCAAGCUGGGAUGCGAGCUACAGCUCGGCGAGACGGUGAGGGAUGCAAGGUGGCUACAUAACGAUCAGUUUUUUGCGGUUGCGCAGAAGAAAUACGUUUAUAUAUAUGAUCAUACUGGUGUUGAGAUACACUGUUUGAGCAAGCAUGUCGAGCCAACACACCUUGAAUUCCUACCAUAUCACUUCCUCCUCGCUAGUGCGGCGACAAGCGGAUAUUUAAAAUACACAGACACCUCGACGGGUCAGUUGGUGGCAGAGCUACCGACACGAAAGGGAUGUCCGACCUCCCUAUGCCAAAACCCUUACAACGCCAUCCUCCACGUUGGUCAUCAGAAUGGCACCGUCAGUUUAUGGUCUCCCAACUCACAGACGGCAUUGGUAAAGGCCCUGGUUCACCGUGGUCCAGUCCGGUCACUCGCGGUCGACAGACAAGGACGGUACAUGGUAUCAACUGGUCAGGAUCAGAAAAUGGCAGUAUGGGAUAUCCGCAUGUUCAAAGAAGUACAUUCAUACUAUCUACACCAGCCCGGCUCGACGGUAGCAAUAAGUGAUCGAGGUUUAACGGGAGUUGGCUGGGGGACACAAGUCAGUGUAUGGAAGGGACUAUUUCAAGCUGCGCAGGAAGACCAAGAGAAGGUCCGCAGUCCCUACAUGGCGUGGGGAGGCGAAGGACAGCGUGUGGAAGGCAUACGAUGGUGUCCGUACGAAGAUGUGCUCGGUAUAGCGCACGACAAGGGCUUCUCGAGCAUGAUCGUUCCCGGCGCUGGUGAACCCAACUUCGAUGCAAUGGAAGCCAACCCUUACGAGACGAGCAAGCAGCGGCAGGAGGCUGAAGUCAAGGCUUUGCUGACGAAAUUGCAGCCAGAGAUGAUUUCUCUCAACCCCGAUUUCGUGGGUAAUUUGGACUUGACUAGUGAGAAAGCUCGACGGGAAGCCAGAGACCUUGACAAGAAGAAGGAAGAUGUUGCUGAGAAGCUGAAGAAUCGUGGCAGAGGACGAAAUAGUGCACUGAGGAAAUAUCUUCGGAAACGCGGUGGCAAGAAUAUCAUUGAUGAGAACAGGUUGAAGGUCGAGGCUAUGAGAAAGGAGCAGAACGAGAAGCUGAAGGAGAGACGGCGAAGGGAGAGAGAGGAACUAGGACCGGCACUUGGGAGGUUCGUGAAGAAGUGA